AUGAUGGAGAAGAGUACGCUCAAUCACGCAGUGAAAAUCGGGCUUCAUUUUUACGGCAUCCGGCCGUACCUAUCGACCACCAUCUUAUUUCGAUUAUAUUGGAUCACGGCACUUAGCACAGCUCAGAUCUUUCAAUACCGCUACGUGAUCGUGAACAUCGAUACGGAUAACUUCUCCGAAUACAUGGACGGAGUGAGCAGCGCCAUGGCCUCCUCGUUGUUAUUCAUCAAACUCGCUAUAUUGUGGGGAAAUCAAAAAACAUUUCACGAGAUAUUACAAAUGAUGGCUGCCGACUGGCAGGAUUACAUCUCGAACUUCGGUUCACACCUAAUGACGAGCAAUGCGCAUCUCGCACAUCGCAGUUCGAGGUCGAUCAUCGGCCUGCAAGUGGUCGCCGUAUUUUUCUACACUUAUGGAGUGCUCGCCGCCAACGCGGGUGAUCCCGAUAGGUGGGAACCGUACGCGCGGGAGCUGAUUCUCAAGAUGGAUUUUCCGUUCAAUAUUAGCACGAACUCGAUUUACAUAGGCAUUACGGUCGUGCAGUUUGUCCACUUGAUGCUGGUCGCCUGCGGCAUCACCGUUAUCAAUUCGCUCCUCGUCACUCUGAUACUUCAUGACUGCGGUCAGAUCGACAUGCUUUGUGAAUGGCUCACGAAACUAUUCUCCAGAGAUGCGUCGCUAUCGACAAAUGAGACUACGUCGCAAUCAACAGGCAAGAUCACGAUGCGCUCAAUAAUCGCGAAACACCAGCGGAUCAUCAAAUUUUCGGACAACGUCGAGGAUGUUUAUACAUAUAUCGCAUUGAUGAUAUUGUUGUCGGACACGCUGAUCACAUGCUGUUUAGGAUUCAUUAUCGUUACCUCCAUCGGCACGCCGAAUGGUGGAGCGAUCCUGGUGAAGUCUGUGUUGUUCUACAUCACGAUGAAUUUCGAGGUCUUCAUAUAUUGCUUCGCCGGGGAGUAUCUGAGCGCCAAGAGUAAAAAGAUUGGGAAUGCGGCGUACGAUUCUCUCUGGUACAACACUUCGAUCAAAAAUAGCCGCACGAUAUUGUUUGUCAUACUGAGAGCGCAAAAGCGACUGACAAUCACGAGCGGCAAGAUCGUGGAUCUAUCUUUGGAACGUUUCACCAGCGUUGUGAAGGCAUCGGCGUCAUAUAUAUCGGUGUUAUUAGCGAUGUACUGA